GUCUUACUAGGGUUAGUCACCUUUGGCAUCUAACCUUGAGAGAAAUAACGUUAUGCGUAUUAAAUUGUUGAAAUUAUUAUAAAAUGAAAAGAAUUGUUUUGUUUCGCAAUGGGUCUGCUGUUGAUGGAAAGGUCAUUCUAGUUAAGGGACAGUUGGAUAAUAUUUUGGCUGCUGCUAGUAAGAAACUUGGCUUCACUGCGAAGAAGUUGUUCACUGCUCAGGGAGGACUUAUAGAUGAUGUGGACCUAAUCAGAGAUGAUGAUGUAAUAUAUGUUUCUGAUGGAGAACAGUUUAUCAGUACAGCAGUUCAAUCAAAUGGUUUCCUAGAUUUGCCAAUUCAGAAACAGGACCAAGCAGUGCAAGUAGCAAGAAAAACAUGCAAUAAGUCUGAAUGGGUCACUCUCAAUGUGGGAGGUAUACUGUUCGCCACCACAAGAGGAACAUUAACAAGUACAGACCCAGACAGUAUGUUAGCAAGGAUGUUCUCAAGUGAUGAAGAAUGUGGCUGGAGCAGCAGUGUUGACAGCAGUGGAGCGUAUUUAAUAGACCGCAGUCCACGAUACUUCGAACCAAUUCUCAACUUCCUUAGACAUGGGCGACUCAUCCUCGACAAGAAUAUUAAUCCUGAAGGUGUCUUGGAAGAAGCAAAAUUUUUCGGCAUAACAUCAGUUAUUGAUGAUUUAGAAGAAAUUAUAGAGAGUAGCAAGCCAGCUGACGACAACACAGCAAUAACAAGAAGAGAACUGGUUCUUCGUCUUUUAAGUACACCCACAACAUCUGAACUCCGAUGCCAGGGAGUGAACUUCGCUGGUGCAGACCUGUCAAAGCUGGAUUUACGCUUUGUGAAUUUCAAAUAUUCCAACAUGAGAAAUGCAAAUCUCAGUGGAGCUAAUCUCUCCAACUGUAACUUCGAAAGAGCAGAUCUCACCAAAGCCAAGUUUAAUUCGGCAAACCUACAGUCUGUGAAGAUGCUGUGUGCAAUUCUAGAACAUGCUUCUCUCAAAGGAUGCAACUUCGAGGAUCCUGCAGGAAGUCGUGCCAAUAUGGAAGGUGCAAUUAUGAAGAAUGUGGAUCUUGAAGGCAGUCAUAUGGCUGGAGUUAAUUUACGGGUUGCCAAUUUAAAGAAUGCCAAUCUUCAGAACUGUGCCUUGAGAGGUGCUGACUUGGCUGGUGCCGACCUGGAGAACUGUGAUUUGUCUGGCUGUGAUUUACAAGAAGCGAAUUUAAGAGGUGCCAACCUGAAGGGUGCAGCCUUUGAAUUGAUUGUGAAUCCUCUGCACAUGGCUCAGACGGUCAGAUGACACAGGGACGUGGCCCUCGAGUCGUGAGGGCUGGACAGUCUGUAUUACAAAGUCACAUGGGCACUGUGCUUGGUCAUCUCAGCUUGCAGUGGGAGAUGGUAAUUUAUUUGGCAGGAGUGUUAUAUACACUGUAUAACAUGUACAUCUGUAUAAUGGUCGAUCUAUUGGCUAAGUUAGUAAAAUGUACUUUAAAGAUACAGUUGUCUCUGUAGAUGACAAAGAAACAAAGCAAGCCACCGGAUGUAAUGGAAUAACACUUUUUAUGAAACAAAUGAAUAUACCUUGUUUCAGUUUUAGAUAUAAAAAUACAACAUGAGCUGAUGGAAGGUGACUUGAAUUAAGAUGGAUUUCUAACAAUGUCAACAUCAGAUCAUCACGUGUUGCUUUGUUGGGAUGUGUGUACUUCUGUAAUGUUCUGCAAUAUGAUACAUGGGCUAAAAUUAAUCAAGACUGUAAUCACUGAAAUUUGGCAUUCCAUAGUAAGAAAUAAGAAUUACAACAUAAUGAAGUAAUUUCUUAACUAAAUUACCCACCAAUUUUGCUUAUUCUUCGUACAUUCCAAAAGAAAGGUAUUUUCAGUGUUAAUAAAAAGACUGGAUUUUUAUAAUUAAUCAGGAUAUUUGACUGAGCACAUUGUUUUUUAAGAAUUACAAGUGAAGUGAGAUGUAAUUAACAUUCAAAUAUCUAGUUCUUAGAUUCUAGACAAGAAAAUUAUGUGGUCCCUUUUGAAGAUUUAUAUGAAUGAGUUUUUCAUUCUUGUGUGCCAGUUCAGCAUAAAAUCAUGUGUUGCUAAGCUUCCUGUUGGUAUGUUAUAGAUUUUAGUGUAGUAUAUGUAUGUACAUGUAUACACACGUGCAUGCUUAGUUCACCAUUAGUUUGUUCUAAUUGUAGGUGAAAAAUAUUAGCAAGGCUUAAACAAAAACAUUAUUUACAUAUUAGCAAUACAAGUUCACCUUAUUUUUAGUAUUACCGUUGAUGGAUGUCACAGAAUGUGAAGUAUAAAUGUUAGUUUUUUGACAUGAACACCCUUUUGAAUUUAGAUCUGUAUUACGUUUCUGUCUUUUGUUUUGUUUGUCAAAGAUAUGAAAACAAACUUUACUCACUUGUAUACAGCAAAAGCUGAUAUGAUAUUGGGGGUGGGUUACUAUAUAUUAUCAUACUACUCAACUUUCACUAGGGAUAUACCAUAGGGGUGUAACGAUAUACUUGAACAUUUGGCGAAUGGAACAGCGAUCUGUAUCGUCACUACCUCAGCCGAAUACACAAAUACAUGUACUUGUAUAUAAUGCUAACUGUACAAUUAAUUUUGUAAUUUACAUUAACCAAAAUACAAUACCAAUUCAUUUGUUUUGAUAAUGCUCAGACCUGUUUUGUAUUAGAUCAAGGGCAUAGACCAAUCCUUUUUUAUUCAAUGUAUUGGAGUGGUAUCCUGUGUGUACCUUGAUUUUCCUUCCCUUACGAGUUACAUUCCUAACAUGAGAGUCACAGGUGAGCAUAUUUUGUUAGUGCAUGCAAUGUAACUUCAAUAUACAAGUGUUUAAAUAGGUGAUUAAAGCAAAAUAAAGUAAAAUUCAAAUAAUGGAGGAUGAAUUAACAAGAUUUAAGACGGAGGACCCAUCUGGGUUUACGACUGCACUCUUGCAUAGUGGAAAUAUCACAGUGUGUUUUGUCCUCAUCUAAGCCAUUUAGCCAAACAUCUCUUAUUCAUCCCAGCAUUUCAUUUCAGUUCAACUUAUUUUCAUGCUUAUAUUCAAUUAAGGUUCAAACACGCUGUCCUGGGCACAAACCUCAGCUAUCUGGGCCGUCUGUCCAGGACAGUGGGUUAGUGGUUAAUGAGAGAGAAGAGGGUGCAGUGGUCUUACACCUACCCAUCGAGUCGUUAAAAGAUGCUUUGGGUGGGAGCCGGUACCGGGUUGUGAACCCUGACCUAUCAGCCUCAUGUCUGAUGGAUUAACCACGACACCACCGAUCCCAGCAACAAGUGUUCCAAGCGAGCGUGUGUUCAGCACUGCCGAGGAUGUGGUAACAGCACAGAGAGCAGCAUUUUCCUCUGAAGAUAUGGACAUAUUAGUCUUCCUUAAAAAGAACUGAUUCUGGACUAGACAAUAGACAGAUCCAUGAUUAAUGAGUUUUUAGUUAAAAAAAAAAAUACUGUUCUUCCUUUCUACAAAACCUUUUCACUAUUGUAUUCAUGGACGUGAAUACAUAUUCAUAUCCAUGACCUCAUAUUCGUGAUAUGUACCGAAUUCGCCAGUAUGUGUAUUCGUUACCCCCCUAAUAUACCAAAUAUAUGUCAUGAUAAACAGUUUGUGCGUAUCUUAAAUAUGUAUGCAACAUGUAAUCAGUGAGACUGUGGGUUGGAUGUUCCAUACAUCACCAAAGAAAUGCAUGACAGUUAGAUAUGUCAUUAUCAAAUACAAUAAAUGCACUUUUAAUUUUUAAAUGUUUUUUUCGUAUUUUUAAAUAUCCCUAAUAAACAUGGAGUAGUAUAUUUGGUAUGUAUCCCAAUGCAUGAAUUGAUUCACAUUGGUGCAGCCAUUAUAAUGAUAAUUACGCCAGGGGCAAUUAAUAAUUGGAUUUUUGUUUUUGUAAAUUAUCCAAAUUUAUACAUUAAACCAUUUUAUACUUAGUUUGGCUAAGUAAUGAAAAUAAAAACAUUUGAGUAAAUGUCAUGAAAGAACAUUUUGUACAAGGUCAUUUAAAUGCAGGCGAACUUGUGAAAGAGAACAUGAGAAUAACAUUUGUAUUCCUCAUGCAUAUUCGCAAGUUCAUAUAUUUUUACUAUCUUUUUUAAUUCACAUUCAGACAUGUAUAUAUUGCAAUACAACUUCCCUGAAUGGAUGCAUUGUAUUGUUGACCUCAAAUUAUGAUAUAAUAUUCUAUCUAACAACUGAAAAGAUUUAAUUCAAACAGAAUGGAUGAAACCAAUCUUUACUGAUUCAGGAGUUUAAAAUUUAAAAUUGAGCAUUGAAAUUUCGAUUUGUUCAAUUAGUGCCAUUGCAUUCCAUUAGUUUUUAUGUAAAAGAGUACUACUUUGUGUUGACAGUUUAUACAAGUAUAUUUUGCAAGUUUUAAAGUAUUACAUGUUACAUUUACUAUUAGAAAUGUCAGUAAUUGAAUUAUGUUAUUAUGCUGGUGUUGAUUUAUUUAUGAACUAAUUUAGGAAGCACUUGCGGUUUUCACUUUAUUCGUACUGUAUUUUAUUUAAAGCAUUUACAAUAUUAUAUAUCUUGUUUAAAGCAUUAAUAAACUGGACAGGCCGAUCAAGUGGGAUGGGGGUGGAGGCACAAGCACAUUUUUUGUAUCAUGUAUAGGAAAAAGAAAAAGAAAAGAGUAUAUUUUGGACCUCAAGUUGGGAAGUACAGACUGUCCCACCCCCAAUCCCUGGUUCCAAUGGGCCUGCUGGACGUACAGGUACAUCUUUCCCUAUGUGCAGAAGUUAAUUUUUAACCUUUCAGAAUCUACUUUAUCAUGAAAAUGGAUAAAUCUACUUGCAGUCAUACACAUGUGUAACACUUAGGAUAAAACAUUAGAAUGACUAAAAACAGAUGUGAAUCGUUUUAUUCCAAGAAUUGAAACAGUAGCAUAAUUUUUAAGGUCCAAAUAAAUCACUAUUAGCUAAUAAUAUUUAGGGAGAUACACUAAAUCUCAACAUACACUUGUCCUCUAUAAUACGGUUGACACACCAAACUUUAUACCACAUCAACGUGCAUUGAUCAGGAUAGAAGGGGCGGGAAUAUAGCCCAGUGGUAAAGUGCUCUCUUGAUGUGCAAUCGGUCUGGAUCGAUCCCUGUCGGUGGGCCCAUUGUGUUUUUUCUCGUUCCAGCCAGUGCACCAAGACUUUUAUAUCAAAGGCGGUGGGAUGGGACGGUUUGGAUUUUUCAUUUCAGUUCGAUUUUCUGUUUUUGGUCCACAGUUCGAUUUAUUCACACUUUUCACAAGUAGUACAAAUAUGCUAAUUAUCAUACAUACAUUUUUAUAAAACAUUUUAUUUUUAAUGGUCAUUUGUAAAAUAAUUGUAAUUAUAAAAAUGAUAUCUCUACUAGAAAACAAAAAUUGCAUUUUUACCAUGCCAUGUUAGCGUGUUGGGUCUCAUGUUAGCGUGUUGGGUCUGAGAUACUUCGGCAAUGUGUCCCUCAGGAUUUGAGUUCAGAGGGUUGGCAAAAUAAUUUGGGGGCGAGAAUGCUAGGGAGUCCGGGGAUAGUCUCUCCCAUAUUUUUGUUCUGAACGGUACCUAUGGCCUAUGCAAACAUAUGUUUACGGUAAUCAAAUGCUGUGAUUGGGAUUACCAGCAAGGUGCGGAAAUGUUUAUAAAUGUACCAUUUAAAAAAAAUAAAAAUAAAUAAACAGCUGUUCACAAAUUAGGAAACGAUGCACCAAACUGUGGGCCUAAAACUGCGGUUUUCGGUAACAUUGAAUAAUCGUCCCAUCCUCAAUGAUGCAUAUAAAAGAUCCCUUGUUACUGAAAGAAAAAUGUAGCAGGUUUCUUCUCUAAGACUAUAUAUCAAAAUUUACCAAAUGUUUGACAUCCAAUAGCUGAUGAUUAAUAAAUCAAUGUGCUCUAGUGGCGACGUUAAACAAAACAAACUUUGAUCCGGACAGGAUAUAGGUCGUGACACUACAAAUACUGAUACAAAACUGUAUCAAUCCGUUUUGGUCUCAAUUCACAUACAUAUAUGGAUCGAGUAGCAAGCUUAUGGGUCAGUUUAGUUUUGAAUUCUGGUGUGUGAACAGUACAUUGGUGAAUAUGCUUCAAUUUGGGUCAGUUUAGAUCACAUGGUGAAAACAGUUUUGUUAAAGUUUGUUUUGUUUUGUUUUAUGACACAACUAAAAUAUGUUAAUUUAUUAUUAAUCAUUGGCUAUUGGAUGUGAAAUAUUUGGCAAUUUUUGAGUCUUGGAGGAAAUGCACUACAUUUUUCAUUCUAUGCCAGGGAUCUUUUAUAUGCACUUUUCCAUAGAUGGGACAGUAUAUACCAGUGGUGGAACACUGGUUGGUUCAGUAAACAACACAUCGGCCUAGGAUCAUGCACCACAUGGGACAGUACAUACCAGUCUUUGAUAUACCAGUGGUGGAACACUGGUUGGUUCAGUAAACAACACAUCGGCCUAGGAUCAUGCACCACAUGGGACAGUACAUACCAGUCUUUGAUAUACCAGCGGUGGAACACUGGUUGGUUCAGUAAACAACACAUCCUGCC